AUGACAGAUUGCGCCAGUCAAAAAAUGUUUGUAUUCUACGCGUAUUAUCUACUGAUGUGUGAACUAGCCAAUUCGGAAGGUUUAAAAAGUGAAAUGUGCUUAGAGCAGACACUUCAGAUUCAUGCACUUCUGGAACAAAAGAUAUGUCUCUAUUCACUUUUAGCUUCUAAUGCAGAAUAUGAAGACUGUUCAGUACGGUGUGAAGGAAUAUAUGUAACUGUCCGCAAUGAAUAUGCAUAUCAUAGAUGCGUGGGAUAUACCAUUAAUUUCAACAUCAGUGGAAUGCUGACAUCUAGUCUUAGAUCCUUUUUAUGUAAUUUACCAAAUUGUGUAUUGGAGAUGAUCACUUUUGAAUGCACGUUUAUCAAAAGGGAUACAGAUAUCAAAUCGAACAAGACUACAAACGAAGAAAAUGACCUACAAAAGAAACAGAAUAUGGAUGUAGAAAACAGUUCAUGCUUUGGUGUCGACACUGGCGCUGUAAUUGGAUUUAGCUUUGCUGUUGUUGGGGGUGUACUAGGAGUGCUAUGUUUUUUCGUUUUGGUAAAACAUUUGAGGACACGUCAACGAAGCAGAUUUUGUCCAUCAAAGUUUUGUCAUCCACAUACCGAUGACUGUUGUCAAGUUCCGAUGGAAAGAGAAGUCAUGAUCGCAGGCCAAACUGCAAAGGGGAACAUAGCCGCGAAGGGGACAAAAACAAUGGAAGACAAAGCCAUACAAGUUUCCUACUACAAGGAAAACGAUCCACAUGAGCCAAGAUUGAAGGAAAAUAAACUCUAUCAGUUAUAUCUGAAAGAAGAUCAUCCAGAAUCAUAUGGAAGUGUUUUGCUAUCAAGUGAUUUCAUUCAAGAAAGUUAAACUGAUAACAUAGCUUUAUGUAGUAAGAACAUCUCUAACU